CAGAGGGAGGAGGAACCCGGCGCAUGCGCAGAAGUAAGGUGACUUUCAGAGCAGAGGCUGGUAGGAUGCUCACCAAAUACCUCGGUCCCCGCUACGGCCAGCUCUUACGUACUUGGAUCCCCACCGCGGUCACAUGGGGGUCAGUAGGGACCGUGGGGCUGGUUUGGGCCACCGAUUGGCGGCUGAUCCUUGACUACGUCCCAUGGAUCAAUGGCAAGUUUAAGAAAGAUGACUAAAUCAAAGGGUUCCUAUGGUGCGAUGUUCUCCAAUACCAUAAGCAAGAAGGCUGCCAUCCUUUCAAAAGGCAUUCUGUGCUACUGUGAAACCAAUAAAAGACUCUUUUUCAUGCUGUA